AACACACUUGGUAACUUAGCAACGGCGGCGGUCAGGCCUCAAGCUUCUCUCAGAUAAGCGAUAACAAGAAAUUACAUUAAAAAUUAAAAUACCGGGAACUAAAUUAAAACUCAGAGAGCAAAAUUAAAAUAAAAUAUAGGGAAUUAAAUCCCCUUCAGUGUAUGUGAAAGAUAAAUGCACAAAGCACCUUAUCUUUCUCUUUUUAAAUAAUUUAAUAACGGUUUAUUUCUCCUGUACUCAGUAUCUGUAAUACCUUACUAAGUUUUUUUUUCAAAAUAAUUUUGCCAAUAAACAGGAUGGAAAUCAUUACAUUUCUUUAAAAGUUUAAGAAGUUUUAUUUUCAAAAGUGAACCCCUUGGUUCAAAAUUGCCUUUUUUUUAGAAAGAAAAGUGAUUAUUGGCCAUUGAAAUGGAAAACUUUGGAGAGUGGGAGGAUUAGGAAAAAUAUAUUGCAGCCUGGGGAAGUGAGAAGUACUUUAUUUUGACAAAAGGAAUAAAGAGGCGGACCACUGAUGCUUUGGAAGAAUCUCACGAGAUACCAGUUUACUCCAGUUUCUGGAGCAGCAGGACAUCUGACAGAGCAGCUCAGACAACUGAUUUUUCACCUUUAACUACAUGUUCAUUCUAUUAAAUUUACAAGAUGUCAAAUCAUGAAUGGACACAAAUAUUAACUGGGUUUGGCAAAGGCUGCUGCACCCACACAGUUCUCACUGACCAGGCCAAGGAAAUGACUGUUGUCAGGGACCAACCUUACAGGACAAAUGUUGCAAAGGAGAUGCAGCCUGUGAGCCACUUUGGUACCAGAGCCAUGCAUCGAAGUACAUUGACGCUGGGAAAAAAACCUGCAGUAUCAGAUUAUACAAGCUCCUAUAAGCAAUAUUAUACUAUUCAGAAAGCUCAACCUAUAAUCAAAUAUUCUGGUUACCCUGAUGAAAUAAAACACCUUGGUAUGAAUACAGAUGAAAAAGAACACGUAACUACACACAGAGCAACCUUUUUUGUGAAAGAUGUUAUACCACGCAGAAUUCUGAACAAAACAAUUGUUGAAAAUCGAAUGAAAAAUACACGGGGCCUAGCAAUGAAAGAAAUCACCAACCCUAAGUGUCGCAGUGCAAGUUACUGCACUUCUUAUUCCUCAGUGCAUGAUAUCAGGGUCCAUCAUCUAACAUCUGCUAAUAUUGCUGCACUUCAGCCAAAGAGACCCACUCACAACAUCAUUACGGGUGAGGAAGACCCCAGUGUUCAGCACACAAACUACAAGAGAAAGUCAGGAGCCUGGCUUCAACAGUGUUCAAGGCAACGUGAAUGCUUUUAUGAUCGUUCCUUUCUGUGCUGAGAGUUGAACAGAUUCAUUACUAUUUCUAGUAAGGGUAGAGUCUGGCUCCAACUCACUAUAUGGGUCCUUUAAAUUUCACAACCUGUCAGAUUUUAUAACCAUGAAUCAAGCUCAAAUUGGAAAUGUUUUAAUUUGUAAUUGGAAGAUAGUUAAGUGAGCUGAAUGAUUUUCCUGUGUAUAUGUAUAACAUUGUUAACCCAUCUAUAUGCUCCCACUAAGUGAGAUGUAAUGUAUUAAACCGAAAUCUUUAAAUUGACUGUAAACAACACCGAUGCAAUAUAGCAGUGAGGGACAUUAGUGCACCUUGUAAACUGGUACAUGUCACAUUGCAUUGGUUCAGUGUAAAUGAUCAAUUUUCAUAAUUUUGGAAUAAGUAAGUUUGAAGGCCAGGAGAAAAGUAGUUAAAUAGGCCUUAGGUACAGAAAGGUCAUUACAUGCCAACUCCUCUAAUACUGCACUAAUUUUUAGAUUGUUUAAUCUUACUGUUCAGAUGUGUUAUGACGCAGUCUGGAGCAGGUUUGGCUUGAACCAGGGCACUCUAGCCCAGUGGUAAGGACAGUGCCAGUGUGCCACCAGACCCUCUAUAUCUGAGAAUUACAUUGUGUACACAGUGUAAAAACAGGUCAUUUGGUUUCACUUGUAUUUGUACAUAUCCUUCCCAACAUUGUUCCUCUAACCUGAUUAGCAAAUCUUAAUUCUUACUUCUUCAUUUAUUAAUCUAGUUUUCCCCUUAAAUGCAUUUGUGCUAUUCACCACCACUUCUCCAUGUGGAGCAAGUUCCACAUUGUGGCUAUGGGGUAAUGAUGUAAGGUGGACAGGCUAAAAUCUGAGCUGUUCACUUUGAGCAUUAGUUGGGAGUCUCACAAUUUGAUAAUGUCUCUGCUGAGCACCAAUCUCUCUUCCCUUUUCAAACGAUUUGUGGAAUGUGACUACAUUCAUGUACCUGCUUCACCUACUCCAUCCUCUUUCUCCUGUGCUGAUUCUUACCUUAAUCCACUGGUAAGCUGAAACCAUUCCACCAGGUACUUGUUGAACACCAUUACACUCUGUGAGAAGCAUGUCAGCUGGAUGAUCUCAAAUUGUCUCAAACAGGAGAAGCUAACCCCUCCAAAAAGAGUAACUUGUUAAUGUGCUGAAUGCUGUUUCGCAGUGUUUCCCUUUAUUCCUUCACCAGGUAUGAAUGUCACCAGCAAAGCCCACAUCUAACUGCCUUUGAACCAACCUUUGAACUGAGCCAUUUCAGAGGGCAGUUAGAAGUUGCUAUGGAUCUGGAGUCAUACGUGGGCCAGACCAGGUAAUG